ACUCUAUCGCUUUUAGUGACAUUAAUUGUUUAUUCACAUUUAUAUCAAUGUAUAGGUAUAUAUUCCUAUUGUAAUGCAGAAUAUUAUUACUAUUCAUAGAUUUAUGGACGCUUCACAUGGAUAAAUGUAAUAUGACCCACCUUUGAGGAAUUUCAAUAGAUUCUUAGUGUUUGAAUUUGUUAUACAAGAUGAGAAGCAUUUCUAGUAGUAGAAGUCGUUCUAUGAGCUUGAGCCGCAGUGUCUCUACAAAACGCAGCAUGAGCCUUGAUAAUACAACAAAUACUGGCAAUAAUAAUACGAAUAAACCAAGAACAUACAGUAAAGAUACAUCUACAGAUAGCAAACGUGGAACAAGGAGGGGAUUUAGGUAUUCUAGCAGUGUGGACAGUACUAGUUCCUAUGAUAAUAAAUAUCAUAAUUACAAAAAAUUUAAAGAAAGAUCCUUGAGUAAAAACAAAAGACGUAAAACUCGGCGCUCUGUAUCGAGAAGUUUCGAUAGAUACAGAAGCAGAAGUGCAAAGAGACGCUCUAGAGAUUCGCAUAGGCAUUCAAGCAGAGAUAGUCGGAAAGGUCAUCACAGACACUCUAGACGCGUGCGUAAGUAUUCUUCAAGUAGAUCAAGGAGCCCCAAAAGGGAUAGAUACUCAAGGAGAUCCACUGAUAGUCUGGGUAGAGAUAGGCGCACAGACCAUCGGAGACCAUCAGAUAGGGAUUUUAAAAAUUCUACAGAUAGACACACAAAAGGCCAUAGAGAUGAUCCUGAACGAGCUCAUAGGAAAUCUGUUGAUAGGAGGAAUACAUAUAAAUCUCCAAGGAGAGAUUACAAUCGUAGAGAUUUAAGCAAUGAAAAAUUUGCCACUGAAAGAAAGUAUAGAUCAUCUAGAAGUCACAGUAGUUUCGAAAAGAGGCGUUCCAGACGAUCUUUUCACAGAAAAUCUCCAGGUAGAGAUCGUACAAGUCCAUAUAGGAUCCGGAAUAGAGGAUACGACCCAGCUAUGAAUAGGGAAGCUGAUACUUUUAGAUUUGUAAAUAGAAGGAAUGCUAUCGGAAAAACUAGAGACCAUGGACACAGAAGAGAUUUUAAAGCAAUUUUACAAAAUCAGAACUUUUUGAAGAGAGAACUAUCGGGGCUCCGCAAGAACGGACUUCUUAAAGAAGAUGAAAAACUUUUAAAGGUGGAUAGAAAUGAGCACACUCCAUUCCUGUUAAAGAUUGCUACGCAGUUUGAUGAUGAAAUGGAAGGUGAUAAAAAAAAUGAAGAGCUGCAUCUAUAUGUCUGGCUUGACACAAGCCUCAGAGAUAUCGUCAACCUUGUCAAGGAUAUAUGCCCUAGAACUAGGACUGAGAAUAAAUUCUGGGUUUUCAAGCAAAUUUCAGAUGGAAACGUUGGAGAUGAAGUUGGAAACCUUCACUGUAAUAAGUUGAAUUAUAAGGAGGAUUCUAAAACUUUGGCUUCAUUUAAGUUCUCUAUAGGGAACUCACUAUCGCUUUCAUUUAAAGAGUAAAUUUGUAGAGUAACUUCGCGUUUAUGGUAGCAUUAACUUCUUCUUUACCCGGGAAUCCCCGUGAAUAGAUAGAUGUUGUCACUCCUUUUCACAUUUAUAGCGAUUUUCUAAUGUAAUUUAAAACUAUCAACAAACUAUAUAGAAUAAAGAUUCUCUAAAUUGAGUAAUAAGGUCUGAUGGUGGGCCCAACGCUAGGUUAAUUCUGUUUUUACU